UACCACACCGCACCGCACGCAGAGCCGCCGACAAUAUGCAGGCUCCGGUAGUGGUCAUGAACACUGCCACUGGCGACCGCAAGACGGGCCGUCAGGCGCAGCUGUCCAACAUCACCGCUGCAAAGACCGUCGCCGACAUCAUUCGAUCGUGUCUCGGCCCCAAGGCCAUGCUAAAGAUGCUGCUGGAUCCCAUGGGCGGCAUUGUCCUGACCAACGACGGCCAUGCCAUUCUCCGAGAAAUUGAAGUCGCACAUCCUGCAGCCAAGAGCAUGAUUGAGCUGGCACGGACACAGGAUGAGGAAGUGGGCGAUGGCACGACGACCGUGAUCAUUCUGGCCGGCGAAAUGCUUGCACUGUCACUACCACAAUUGGAGCGCAACAUCCACCCCGUAGUGAUCAUCCAGGCAUACAAGCGCGCACUGGCAGACUGCUUGAAGGUCAUCCAGGAUGUCUCGAUUCCCGUCGACAUCAACGACAACGACGUGAUGCGAAAUCUCAUCUCCACGUCCAUCGGCACAAAGUUCACCUCACGAUACUCAGAUCUCAUGUGCGACCUGGCACUGCAGGCAGUCAGAACAGUCAGCACAGAUGCGCAUGGUGGCAAGAGAGAAGUGGACAUCAAGAGAUAUGCGCGUGUCGAGAAGGUGCCAGGAGGCGAGAUCGAGGAUAGCAAAGUCUUGGACGGUGUGAUGCUGAACAAGGACAUCACACAUCCUAAGAUGAGAAGACGAAUAGAGAAUCCUAGAGUUGUGCUGCUUGACUGCACGCUAGAGUACAAGAAGGGAGAGUCACAAACAAACAUCGAGAUCAGCAAGGAGGAGGAUUGGAACAGGAUUCUGCAGCUCGAGGAGGAGCAGGUAAAGGCCAUGUGCGAUGCCAUUCUCGCAGUCAAGCCAGACCUUGUCAUCACAGAAAAGGGUGUCUCAGAUCUGGCACAGCACUUCUUCCAGAAAGCUAACAUCACCGCGAUACGCCGAGUGCGAAAGACCGACAACAACCGUGUUGCUCGUGCAACUGGUGCUACAAUCGUCAACUCCGUCUACGACCUUACAGAGCGUGAUGUUGGAACACAAUGUGGCCUGUUUGAGAUUGAGAAGAUUGGAGACGAGUACUUCACGUUCCUCACCAAGUGCAAGGACCCCAAGGCCUGUACGAUCCUGCUUCGCGGACCGUCAAAGGACAUUCUCAAUGAGAUUGACCGCAACUUGCUUGAUGCCAUGUCUGUCGCUCGCAACGUCAUCUUCCACCCCUACCUCUCACCCGGUGGUGGUGCAACAGAAAUGGCGUGUGCGGUCCGUCUCAGCCAGCUUGCGAAAUCGAUCGAAGGCGUGCAACAAUGGCCCUACAAGGCCAUUGCAGAGUCGAUGGAGGUCAUCCCACGCACACUGAUUCAGAAUGCCGGUGCGUCGCCAAUCAGAAUCCUCACAGCUCUGCGCGCGAAGCACGCCGAAGGCGGGUCGACUUGGGGUAUUGAUGGAGAUGCUGGAAAGGUUGUGGACCAGAAGGAUUUCGGCAUCUGGGAGCCACAGGCGAUCAAGCUACAGAGUGUCAAGACUGCCAUUGAGAGUGCAUGCUUGCUGCUGAGAGUCGACGACAUCGUUGGCGCGAAGCAAGCGAGAACUGCUGGUGGUCAAGGAGGCGAUGAUUGAGAGUGGAACGUAACAGAUGUGUCACGAGUAUGAUCAAAAGCGAAUUCCAAUACAGCCGCGUGCUCUGUGCAGAGAUGGCAGCUAAGAUGUGCAGCAUUUGACUGAAGAUUGCUGUUGACUGGGCAAUGCCUCUACACUGUGGCUAGCACAUGGUCAGCAGGGAAGUAUAAGCUGGCCAAUCUUGUGCGUGCAUGGAACACACUUAUGUACUUACAACCUCUCAAAUGAAGCACUUGCGAGGGUAGACUGCUUCUCCAUUCGAUAGCGAUAGCUGAGGGAGAAGGAUAUACAGCAUAGCUGGUACAUUACCUUAGAUGUAGUGCUAUAUGUCGUUGAGUGACCUCGG